AUGGCUUCCUCAGAGAAUCAACAGCAUAAUCCUAAUCCUGCGCCUCCAUCUCUCUCCGCUGGCGACUAUGAGAUGCGUGACUACUACGCUGCGCAGGACGCAUCACGACCUCCCUCACAACAAGAACCAUACCUGACACCCUAUCUUGGUCUUCGAGCGAGACUCUCGCAGACAUGGAUUAAUCGAUGGACGAUAUUACUACUACUUGUGCUCAUUCGCACUCUGCUCGCGAUAGCAAGUCUCGAGGACAACACCGGCUCGGCGAGGCAAGAGGCACUGAGCAUGUGCACCUCGGUGGAGAACGUAGGCUCCGCGAUGGCAAGUAUGCCACAUUACAUGAGCGAUGGCAUCAACGAACUUUCGGCUUCUGGCAUUGAGAAAGCUAUCAACGGGCUGAUGCAGAUGCUGAUACUUAGCAUCACCGGUGUCGAGGAGAUUGUUGUCUUUGUUAUCAACUUGCUGACAUCGACCUACGUCUGUCUCAUCACUUUGGCAGUCAGCGGCAGCUUGCAUGUAGCCGUUCAGGUCGCCGAAGACGUCGGCAACUUCCUUAACGCCACCAUUCAAGAUGUCGGGAAAGACCUCGGUGGCGCGGCUACUGACUUCCAGAGCGCUAUGAAUGGCUUCCUGGCAGAUCUUGACAAGGUUGCAAGCGCCUUGACCGGCAAACAGCUUACGCCGCCGACCAUUGACCUCACAGGCGAGAUCAACAAGCUCGACAGCCUACAGCUUCCCACGGGGUACGAUCAGGGCCUUGACAAGCUCAACGCUUCGAUCCCGACUUUCGCGCAGGUCAACAACUUCACGAACAAUGCCAUCAAGCUGCCAUUCGAAGAGGUGAAGAAGCUGCUUAAUGAGAGUCUGCCCAGGUAUACCAUGGACCGCUCGUUGUUUCCAAUACCCGCCAAGCAGCAACUUACCUUUUGCUCGGACAAUAACAGCGUCAAUGCCUUCUUUGAUGGGUUGGUGGACAUCGAACAUCUUGCGCGGAAGGUUUUCCUUGUUGUCAUCAUCAUCCUGGCGAUUUUGGCAAUGGUACCGAUGGCUUACCGAGAGUUCACGCGGUGGAAGUUCAUGAAAGACCGAGCGCGCCUAAUCAAGAGCGAUGCCUUUGACCCAAUGGACUCGGUCUAUAUCGCCUCGCGACCGUACACCUCUUCUGCAGGGCUCAAGCUGGCAGAGCAUUUCACGUCAAGCCGCCGUAAAGCGCUGGUACGCUGGAGCGUUGCGUAUGCGACAACAGUGCCCGCGCUUUUCGUGUUGUCACUCGCUCUUGCCGGCUUGUUCAGCUGUCUGUGCCAAUACGUUCUGCUGAAGACGGUGCAGAAGGAAGUUCCCAGCAUGGAGAAUGAGGUCAUCAAUUUCACCAACCACAUCAUCAACGAGCUGAACAACGCAAGCCAGCAGUGGGCCAUCGGCACAAACCACAUCAUCAACGAUACGAAUACGAUGAUCAACAAAGAUGUGUUCGGCUGGGUCAACAUUACCACUCACGCGGUCAACAACACGCUGAAUGUGUUCGUCAACGAGACGAUGCACGUUCUGAACGAGACAUUCGGCGGGACAGUACUAUACGACCCUAUUGUCGGAGUGCUGAACUGCUUGGUACUGCUCAAGAUUCAGGGCAUUGAGAAGGGCCUUACGUGGGUGACCGACAAUGCAUACGUGGACUUCCCAAUGCUUGCGAACGACACUUUCAGUCUCGGUACCGUGCAGAAAGUGUCAGGCUCACAAGCGGACUUGCUGAACACUGGCCCUGACGGUGGCGCCACGGACGCAAUUACAGGCGCUGUUGACAAGCUCAUGAACGCCUUGUACAAAACUGUGCGACAAGAGGCCAUCAUCUCUUCAUGCGUGUUGCUCAUUUGGGUCUUCAUCGCAUUGAUUGGUGUUGGUAGAGCAAGCUUCAUGAUGCUGAGGGGUGGCGAUGAGGGCCUGUACGUCGGCUUUCGCCUACCACCAAAGGAUCCCAAGCCGCGCAGAGACAGUCACCAAGCUGAUGAGCUCUCCGACACACCACGAGUGCCGACUUACGAGCAAGCAACGCGUGAUGCUCAAGCAGGCGACAACAGCGGCAACAGGUACAACGGCCAGCAGUACACAAUCGCACCCACCCCUAUGCCAACCUUCGAGUUCAACGCCGCAACCUCGCCAAUCCUCAACACAGGCUUCAGCCCCCGGCCGGAAAAACUCGGCAACGUUAAUGGCCAGAAUGUCGACUCCGCCAUUCGCCGACCAACCCACGCUCGAGUCUCCAGCCACGGCGACGUCCGCCUCCUCUCACCCACCUCACCCGCGCCCUUCAAUCCUUUCCUCGAUCCCACGUCCAUCGACGAGAAACGUCGCAAUCCAUUCGCUGACCCUACCCGCUGA